AAACUGGUGGCAUCUGCAUUGCCCCACGGCCUUCAGAGGAGAAAGCAGAGAUCGUUCCGGCUAUGGCUAUGAGACCUUUCUUUGGGAUUGUGCCUGUGCUGAUGGAUGAGAACGGAAAGGUUAUAGAGGGCAACGAUGUGUCCGGUGCGCUCUGCAUUGCCCAGCCAUGGCCUGGCAUGGCAAGAACAAUCAAUGGAGAUCACCAGCGAUUUGUCGAUACCUAUUUCAAAGCCUACCCAGGUUACUACUUCACAGGGGAUGGUGCUUACAGGACUGAGAAAGGCUAUUACCAGAUAACAGGACGCAUGGAUGAUGUCAUUAACAUCAGCGGACACAGGCUCGGGACAGCAGAGAUAGAAGAUGCAAUGGCUGAUCACCCUGAGGUCCCUGAGACAGCUGUGAUUGGGUAUCCACACAAGAUCAAAGGAGAAGGUGCCUUUGCUUUCAUAGUGCUAAAGGAGCAGACAGCUCAUAUAGACCGUGUCAAAGAAGAGCUCAAAACCAUAGUGGCUUCCAAGAUAGCAAAAUACGCUGUGCCUGACCACUUUCUGGUGGUGAAACGUCUUCCUAAAACCCGAUCAGGGAAGAUCAUGAGAAGGCUGCUGAGGAAACUAGUCACUGAACAAUUAAGCAACAUGGGAGAUGUCACCACACUUGAUGAUCCAAGUGUUGUCAAGGAGAUAUUGGAUGCUUACCAGAAAUACAAGGAGAAGAGUUCCUCAUAGCUGGCAGCUCUGGAAUCUUUCUCCUCUGGAAAUGUGGAAGGUCUGAAAUAACCAGGCAAAUGACAUAGUUCUCUCUUGGUGUUUUUAAAAAAACUCUGAUCCCUUCUAGGGAAACAAGAUUUUCCGCUCCACAACGUAU